AAAACGGAAGUAAACUAGUUUUGCUUUCCUGGGUUUUACGUGUCUCUGAAUAAUCAAAAGGCUUGGACUUUAUUUUGAUCCGCAGCGAUAGCCUCUGUUAUUACAGCUGAGUCACGAUGGAUUCCGAAAACGACGAAAUACACGUACGCCUUAUUGAAGACUUAAGACAUAAACUUGAAAGUAUUAUAAAAGUAGAGGAGACGCUGAUAUAUUUACAUUUUAUUACACAAGAAAGAAAGGAGCGGAUCAGCCAGAAACUGAAGGCGGAGGGUAAUGCUUCGGCUGCAACGUUGCUUAUUAGUGAGGUGGUUGAGAAGCCGCAUACACAGGGGUGGUUCAGGGCCUUUGUUGACGCCUUGCGUCAGGGGGGCUCUGUGCUGGCUGUUGACUACUUGUUAAAUCCCCCAGACCCCGAAACAGAGGCGGAGAAUGAUUACUGCGUUAAGCUAAUUCAGUUACUGGCGCCCAGCCUGGUGGACAUGAAAACGGUCGAAGUUUGUAAUCACUGUUUUUCAAAGGAACUCAUUACUGCUGCUGACAAAGAGCGGAUUUUGGCUGAAACGAGAAAUAACGGGAACAGAAGUGGAGCCUCUGAACUUCUGAGCAGAAUCGUGAGGUGCCGACCGGGUUGGAUCUCUGAUUUUCAGGAAGUUCUGCGCCUCACUGAACACAAGGAGCUCUAUGAACUUACUGGAGGAUCAACUGAGUGUGUGAAGCCAAAAAAUGGAGCUUCAGCAGAACCGUUGGCUGAAAGCUGUCCGAGUGUGGAGUCCAUGGAAAUCACCAUCGCCGAAGAACCUGACUCCACAGGUCUGUAUGCAUGUGCUAAGCCUUUGAAAAGCGUGGAGGACAUUAGGCCAGAUCUGAGUGAACCUCCAGCAGCAGAAACAGCAGGAACCACAAGCGGAGACUCAGAAGAAACAGAAAUCUCUCUCCGAGAUUAUCAGAUGGAAGUAGCCCGGCCUGCCUUGGAGGGGGAAAACAUUAUUAUUUGCUUGCCGACAGGAAGCGGUAAAACCAGAGUCGCAGUGUACAUUACCCAAAAACAUCUGGACAGCAGGAGAGCAAAGGGGGAACCAGGAAAGGUGGUCGUCCUGGUGAACAAGAUUCCUCUUGUGGAGCAGCAUUUUUCUACAGAGUUUACACCCUUUCUGAAGCCCAAGUACAAAGUGGAGAAGGUCAGCGGAGACUCCCAGCUCAAAAUCUCCUUCACUAAAAUUGUGGAGAAAAAUGACAUCAUCAUCUGCACGGCCCAGAUCCUUGAAAAUUUUUUGGAAAGGGCUGACAGCGGAGAGGAUGAUGGGGUGACACUAAGCGAUCUGUCACUGAUCAUAAUAGAUGAAUGUCACCACACUCAGAAAGGAGGAGUCUACAACCACAUCAUGAUGCGGUACCUGAAACAAAAGCACAAGAACAUUAAGCUCAAGAAGGAGCAGAAGAAGCCCGUGCUACUGCCCCAGAUCCUGGGCCUGACUGCCUCUCCAGGAGUCGGGGGUGCCAACACACUGAGCAAAGCUGAAGAGCACAUCCUGCGAAUUUGUGCAAACCUUGAUGCUUCCAAAAUCAUGACAAGAAGCCUUGGAGGAGAUAAAAAGGUGCAAAGAAAAUCCAUUCUGGCUGUCGAACCAAGAAAAGAGGAUCCCUUUGGCCGUGUGAUCAAGACAAUCAUGAACGCCAUUCAUGAACAUGUUCUGCUUAGUCCCACCUGUGACCUGGGCUCUCAGAAUUAUGAACAGUGGGCUGUUCAAAAAGAGCGACAAGCUGCCAAGGAAGGUGACCAGAAGGUGCGGGUCUGUGCUGAGUAUCUGCGGCGGUAUAAUGAAGGUCUGAUUCUGAGCAACACCAUUCGCAUGUGCGAUGCCCUCAGUUACCUGAACAAAUUCCACGAGGAGCAGAUCAAGAAGAAAACGACUCCUGAUGAAGAGGAGAACAUACAAAUCACAGAGACGGAGAGAUUCCUGUUCAAUUUGUUUAAAGAAAAGAAGGAGGAGCUGGAGAAACUUGCGAAGGAUCCAACGUAUGAAAACGACAGCCUCUCAAAACUCAGAAGUAAGAUUUUACAGGAGUUCAGCAGCAGGAAGGAGGCCAGAGGGAUUAUUUUCACUAGAACACGUCACAGUGCUAUAACUCUUAGCCAGUGGAUUCAAGAAAACCCCAAGUUUGCUGACAUUGGAGUGAAGCCCUCUCAUGUCAUUGGAGGAGGAGACCAGAGCGAUACUAAACCAAUGACAGCUGCAGAGCAAAAGGAUGUCUUAAAGAAGUUCAGAACUGGUGAACUCAACCUGCUUAUUGCUACAACAGUGGCAGAGGAAGGGUUGGACAUACCGGCCUGCAAUUUUGUUAUCCGAUACGGCCAUGUGACCAAUGAAAUUGCUAUGAUUCAGUCUCAAGGCAGAGGAAGAGCUGACGACAGCACAUACACCGUUGUGGACGUAAAGAACACUGGGGUGGCUGAAAAGGAGUCUGUCAAUGAGUACCGUGAGCAAAUGAUGAACAAAGCCAUUCAGAAAAUUAAAGCCUUGAAUGAGAAAGAUUACAAUAAACAGAUCACUGAGUUUCAGAUUCAGGCUAUAAUGGAGGAAAGAGUGAGGCAGGUGAGGCAGAAGAAGAAGGCUGUCAAGGAUGAGAGCCCAUCUGCUCUAGAGUUCAGCUGUCGAAACUGUAGCCAAAAAAUCUGCAGCGGUGAAGACAUCCAAGUUAUCGAAAACAUGCACAAAGUCAAUGUUACGCAACAGUUCAGGAAACUUUUCAUUCAGAGAGAAAAUGUAUCUCUUCAGGAGCGUCGUUUGGAUUAUGAAACCAACGGUGUGAUAGCUUGCAAAGGCUGUGGCCAGACAUGGGGUUCAAUGAUGAUGUACCGUGGAAUUGACCUGCCGUGCCUCCACGUGAAAAACUUUGUAGUCAGUAUAAAUGGGAAAAAGCACAGCAACUACAGCAAGUGGAGCGACCUCCCCGUUAAGUUUCCUGCCUUCGACUACAUUGAACACACCAGCCAGAUGGUGCAGAGCUCGGAUGAUGAAGAAACAGAAUGAACCCAACAAAUCAGUGUACUUAUUUGAGCUGUGGCUUAGUUUUUCUUCUGAUAAUGCAAUUGGCCUCCUCUGCAGAAUGCAUGGAUGAUGGCCUCUUUUACUUAAGUUAGUGUUUUUAUUGAUUUCAAGUGCACUUUUUUUCUUUUUUGGCACUUAGGUGGGGUAACGCUUCAUUUUAUUUUAUUCCGAAUCGACUGACAAAAACAGUAAGGAUUACACGCUUUUCAGAAAUCAUUGCUUUCCCAUGAGAUGGGAGGCAGUGAGCCUGUGAUUGCCCCUCAGAGCCCACCUGUCAACUCAGAUGCACACAAACAGCUGCUGUUGACUCUCUUUAAAUCACCCAUCAGUGAGUGACUCACAACUGUUGAGACUGAGCUAUUUAAGGAGCCAACAGUUUAACCUAUGUGUCUACAUCCCUUUAGUUGACCUAAUCGAUUGAGCAAGUUUUAAUGAUCUUUCAGGGUUGUACAAAUGAGCACUUUUGGUUGAGAGGAAAAAAAAAGCUUAGGAUAAAAUUGCACUGAAAUUUCUGUAAAAGAAAGUAAAAAAAGAUAAACACUUAUAAUUGAAAAAAAAAUAUAUAAUAAUCCACACAGUGCACUUUACGUAUAAUAUGGAGCCUCUGAGUGUCUUGAAUAUGUGUGACGAACACAAAAACGUUUUUUUUUCUUAAUAAUGUUUUAAAAUGUCAAGUUUUCCCCACAAAUGUAUUGAAAUACUCCCUCUGCUUUGUUCCAUCACCAUCCUGUUGUCAGGAAUUUAUCUAGUUUUAUAUUUUAUAUGAAUGCCCUCCAUAUUUUAAGAGACAGUGAACCAUGACAUUACAAACUGAAGAUAACACACAUUAUCUAAACUCACAAGAAAAAACAAAUCUUUAUCUUGCAAGAAGAGAGGUAUUGUUGAAGUUUUUUUUUUUUCUUUCAUUUACAGUCUUCAAACUGCCCUCUUAGAUUUAAAAAAGACUCUUAUGGUUCUUAUAUAUAAUAGAGUCAUAUAAAAUAAGCCUGCAUUGUAACCUAAUUUCGGUUUAGGUUGUGGGACUGUUUCUGGAAUAAUGUUUAGGAUUGAAUGAAAGCUUACGAGGAGGCGUUUAUUGUUUGAUUGAGAAGCUCCUUUUGGACUUUUAAGGAAAUAUUUACGGUAUCUGGAAUAAAACAAGAUAAUACAAACAUUGUCUUUAAAUUGUUAUUUUUGAAGUUUUAUGUUCUUUCCUCAUUAAAGUAUUGAUUUGC